AUGCCACGCUGGGCAUGGCAUAAUGACACUGAACCAGCUGGAGAAAACGUUUCCUAUGAUCUACCCGACCCAAAUCUUCCUGGUGUUUCUCAAUGGCUCAUUGGAAUUCCAAACCGUGUCAAUCUUGGACGCAUUGGACUGCGACUCAACGACGAUACACUGUCAUCAAGCAGCAUAUCUAAUACCCACCAGGAGCUAGACCUCUGGCACGGAGCCAUCCCAUCAACUUUCACGAUCGACGAUGUCAAGGUCAAGGUUGUCACGCAAGGCGACUUUGAUUCAGACGCAGUUGUUUUCACCAUUGACUCACAAUUGAUCGAGUCGGGAAAGCUCAAGGUCGAGCUCGACUUUCCAUACCCUCCAAUCCAUACAGCAAAGUACAAGAACGAAGUUUUUGUUGAAGUCUACGACUUCCCAAAUAAUCAUUCUACAAAACUUUCAGCCAACCUCAGAGAUAAUACAGCACACAUAUAUCAUGACACGGGUACUAAGUACUACGUGAACCUUCGUUGGCCCAAGAAGGCUUCACUGGAACUGAAACGCCUUGACCUUCAGGGCUCUACCAAACCCACAGCUCAUCGAUAUACUCUUUCAUCGAGACAUGGAAGGACUAUUUCUUUCGUGGCGCACUUCUCUCCAGACAGGAGAGUAUCCGACCUGCCAUCUACUAUUGAUAGACGUAGCAGAGCUGGAUGGCAAGACUACUGGAGUCAAGGGGGUUUUGCGGAUUUGACCGAGUCCACGAACCCCAACGAUACUGAGCUUCAACGUCGAAUCGUUACCUCCCAGUACCAUGUCAGAGCCAACAGUACUACCGAUGGUUAG